AUGUAUGAUGAUCCAUGGUACAGCUAUGUGCCUGCUCAGCAGUCCAAAAAGGAGGAUGCUUCGUCGUUACAAUCAAAGCACCGUCGAAGAGAAUCCUUGCUAAAACAACCCAAUGGAAGCAAUGAGAUACCUGAUCCACCAGAGCCUAUAACGGAGCUGUUUGAAGAUGCACCUGGGCGGAAAGAUCCCCCAAAGGCCACACUGGUCAAAAGAGCCAAAUCAUAUGGCGAUUUCUACGAAGCGGCUAUUGGCUACCUUGCCAAUGGUUCAGAGAAGGUACCACAGCUUGAUGAUUUUGCGAUUCCAGCAGACAGGAGUAUUGCUGCUUGCUUUGAGAGUAGAUUCGAAAGAUGUGAGGAAGAACUAUUGGAUACCAAUCAGGAGGACUAUCAGUUGUAUAGGGAUCAGUUGGCCUUGUCCGAACGGCAUCUUGACAGCUUACUUAACGAUACGUCGUCUGCGUUAGAAUUGUUGGCUACCCUUUCUGAAUCUUUCAGAUCGGUUGAGACUCAAACUACGGCAUUCCAGGCUCAGUGCGAGGAUUUAUUAGCUGAGCAGAAAAGACUUCGUGAUCUAGCUGAUGAAAUCGGGACUGAUCUUCAAUAUUAUGCGUACCUUGAGCCUUUAACACGACGUCUCAACGCCCCUGGAACAGGCCGUCUUGUCAGGAAUGAUGAUUUCCUGGAUAUGUUGAGAAAUUUGAAUACAUGUAUAGACUUCAUGGAUCAACAUCCGCUUUAUCGCGAUUCUACUACCUACAAGACACGUUACACAUCCCUCUUAGAAAGAUCUCUCAAUAUCAUACAGAUAGCGUUCUCUUCUGCCCUCCGCGAGGUAUCAGAUGAUGUCACAAAGCAGCUUAAAUCAAAGGAGCAGAAUGAAACAACAGAAUACGUCUUGUUGUAUGGCAAAUAUGAGGCAGCUAUCGAGAAGCUCGGAUCACCUCUCGAGAGGCUCUUGCACACCUCAGAGUUUGCCUUUGGACAAAUCAGCGAUGACAUUAGACGGGGUGCAUACAUUGAUCAAUGGCAUGAGCUCUACAAGCAACUUGUUGAAUCUUUUCUUAAGUCUCGGGAACCUCUUGGCCCACUGGUCUUGAAGAAUCUCCGGAAAUUCACAGCCAAUGAACCUAAGUCAGAUGCAGAAUUCGAGCGCUUUGCCAGGAGCUCUGUUCAAUAUGUUUUUGAUAUAUGCCGCAAUGAGCUGAAGCUCGUUGAAAAAUUCUUUGGCAAUGGUCCCAUCUUGGCCCUUUAUCCGGCAUCACGGAACAUACAGUACAAUUAUACGGAAAAGCUCGAGCAAAACCGUCUAUCACAUGUCAAAACACUUUACACUGUCUUGACGCCAUACCUAAGCAAUGGAAAUUUACGUCGAGUUGUUGACCUAGUCAAUUGGGUGGAAACAAUGUGCGUGGCACCAGUCGAGGGUGAAGAGGAGAAUGAUUUACCCCACGAGAGUGAUACUUCGGCAGCCCGAGUAUUACUGAACGACCAUCUCUGGCCAUUGUCCGACUCUCUCUUCAUCAAAGCUGCUAUGGACCUUGAACACUUCAAACCGACCCCUGACGAUUUAACAAUUUCUAUUUCGGAUACUGAUCGACUUUCCAAUGAAAGUGGCAAAACCAACGACAGUACCGGAGAAGAUUCAAAGGUUCAGAUUGGCAACGCUGCUCAUGCGGAUCCGGCAGUAUCAAGCGCCUACCCAACUGUCAAAACCGCUGUCAGCUUACUGAUCAUGUACAAUGAUAGCAAGUAUGAUAGGCCUAAAAAGGGAGACGUGCUUUACGAGAUUGUACAUCAAGCUACCGAGUCUCUUCAACGAGCUGCGACGACCAUUAAGCGUACUUCCACGAUUAUGGAUGCUCAAGUCUUUCUCAUCAAAAACCUUAUGCUUAUUGAAAAUCUCUUCAUGACCCACGAAAUACCUGACUCCAUCCGUCAAUCUUCGGAACUUGACUUCUCCCCUAUUUGGGAGACUAUUAAAGAACUCCAGGCCCGACAGCAACUGUUUAAUCCCUUAGCGUAUAUCACUCCUCUUGUAAGGGGUCAGCUUCUCCCAGCUGUCGUUGAUCACGUCCUCGAUGCAAGAAAGGAACUGGAAAAGGUUCUUGUGCAACAGAUCACAGCCUUUACCAAACACUGGCAGCUACGUUUAGCAGAGAAGGGUCCCAAGGACAAGGAUGCAGUGGCAAAAGCAAGUAAGGAGCUAGAAGUACUUUUGAAUAGGGUCUUCGAAGAUGAGAUUACCAAGGCUGCACUAUGGAAGAUGAUUAGAGCAGAAGAAAUAAGUGACUGA